AUGAUUACAUCAUUCAUUAAUUCACAUUGUGGUAUCAAAUAUUUCAAACAAAAGUGUUUAACAAUUAUAGAUAAUAAACUCGAUUUAACAAACAUUCAUUAUGCUGCUGCAAUAUUAGAUCCAACUAUUAGACAAUUAAAAGGUUGUACAGCAGGUGAACAGGCAAGAAGACGAAAAUUUUUGAAACGAAGACUGGACAAGAUGACAAAUCAACAAUUAGCUUCCCUAAUAAUAUCUGAUGUUGAUGAUGAACAAAAUUCUGAUGAUGAGUACUAUUUGAAUCGAUAUUCUGAUCAACACAGUUGUGGAAGGAAAAACAAAAAAGAUGAAUUGAGCAAAUAUUUGAAAUAUGAUCAUCCGGAUGUUGAUAAAAAUAUAUAUACAAAACCGAUUAGUUUAAAUAAUAAAAAGAUCAAAGUUUGUGAUCCUUUACUAUUUUGGAACGAAAUUUCAAACACGUUUCCUUUGUUGGCUAAAGUAGCCGAACAAAUUUUGGCUAUUCCACCUACAUCAGGUAGUGUAGAACGCUCAUUUUGUGGUGUAGAUUUAACUAUUACAGAAUUGAGAACAAAUAUCAAUCCGGAUACAUUUAACGAUUGUGUAUUUCUGAGAUCUGUAAAGAAGCAAAUGAAAAAUUGAUUUAUAUUUGUUUAGUUGUAACUACAUUUUUUUAUUAUUUUGCUGGUGUCAAAGAAAAGGAAAAAGAGAGACAUAACUAAAUCAAAAAAAAACCAGCGCCUUAGAUAUGCCUCGCAUUAUGAUGAUUAGACUUCAUGACAAUACACGAUCGAGACAAACGGUUUUUUGUUUCGGGUUAUUGUUAGAUCAACUAAGAAAAAGGACGGGAAACGGUUUCUGCUAGAAAAUCGUCCAAUAUGAUUUUGAGUGGAAAUGAUCAGAAAUGCUUCCCUUUUCACUUCCCAUUUUCAAAAAAUCCUUCUGGUGUCUUUGAGAAAAAAAUUACAUUUCAUUUUUCGCCACCAGUUCAACAAAAGCCAUUUACCGUUUUCCGCAAAUUUCUCGUCCGAUUUCCAAGUCCUU